AUGCAUUUUCGGAAGCCAGGACUCCAGGGUUGUGAAAGCUACACCACCUAAUACUGUACCUGGUAGGGAUAUUGAAUAAGUCUGAGAGUGCUGUUAAGUUUCCCCGGACAGAAUCAUCUUUGCGGAUGCAAUUGCAGAACAGGAAACAGACUCAGGGAAAAUUGUAGCCCCCCCAAAAUCUCAUUGGCUAUCUGCACAAGAUAAGCCACAACAAUCGCUCCUGCAACACAACGGAUCCCUUUCAGUACUCGCAGCCGUGGACAGCUCCCUCACCUCGCGGUCGGUUCCUCCGCAGUGAGCCGCCUCGCGUUCAGCCCGCACAGGUCGGUGCGGCACCCGCCACCAAGUCUCCGCCAGCGCGCAGAGAACACGCGCUCCCCCCUCCUCCCUCUCGGUGCCCCCGCCUCUCGCUCACCCCGGCUCACUCCAGCGGCGACUUUGAGGGAUUCCCUCUCGGGCGGCUUCUGCAGCAGCACAUCUGGCCUCAUUUGCUGCACGGUGAGCAUGGAUCUCAGAAGAAGAGGCUUCCCCAGCGUCUACAGACUUCGAGUUCUCCUGAUGCUGUUCCAUACAAUAGCUCGAAUCACGGCAGAACAAGAAGUGGAAAAUCUCUCAGGCCUUUCCACUAACCCUGAAAAAGAUAUAUUUGUGGUGCGGGAAAAUGGGACGACGUGUCUCAUGGCCGAGUUCGCAGCCAAAUUUAUUGUCCCUUAUGAUGUGUGGGCCAGCAAUUAUGUCGAUGAAAGUCACAACGCGUCCAAGGGACCCGAGGCGACGUGGAGGUUGAGCAAAGUCCAGUUUGUCUACGACUCCUCGGAGAAGACCCAUUUUAAAGACGCAGUCAGUGCUGGGAAGCACACGGCCAACUCCCAUCACCUCUCUGCCUUGGUCACCCCAGCUGGGAAGUCCUAUGAGUGUCAAGCUCAGCAAUCCAUUUCACUAGCCUCCAGCGAUCCACAGAAGACGGUCACCAUGCUUCUGUCCGCAGUCCACAUCCAGCCUUUUGACAUCAUCUCUGAUUUUGUCUUCAGUGAAGAGCAUAAGUGUCCAGUGGAUGAGCGGGAGCAGCUGGAGGAAACCUUGCCCCUGAUUUUGGGGCUCAUCUUAGGCCUCGUCAUUGUGGUAACACUGGCGAUUUACCAUAUCCACCACAAAAUGACAGCCAACCAGGUGCAGAUCCCUAGGGAUCGAUCCCAAUAUAAGCACAUGGGCUAGGCAGCCCCCGAGACCCCCUCCUCCAGCUGGAUCAGGGAGAGAAACAAAAGCACUUUUCCACCUUGUACAUGGGAUACACCAACAUAGCUACAAUGCAACAGGCCUGGGUGUCCAAGGCUUGCUUGGCCUGCGUCCAUGCUUAAAUCCAGGGAUGGGGGGGAUUCUUUUGGAUUCAUGGGUGAAUGGCAGAUAUUCUCUCCACACUGGGGAAUGAGGUGGGAGGGGUCAGCCAGCUUUCAUGCUCAUGGUGGCUUGGCUUUGACUCUCCAAGGAGCAACACAUACGACUCAGAGGAGUAUCUGGCUCCAAAGUUUAGGGAUGGAAAGACACCCCUUUAGGUUCAGAGAAAAAGGGGGUGCUUUGGUCCCUUGGCCUACCUUAUUCAGUUGUCAGUGCAUUCAAAAUACAGCCUCAUGCUCCCUAUGGCAAGACCCUUGAAAGUGAUCCAUGCUUCUGGCUGGCAUUCUGCAUGUCUAGUGAUUGUCUUGGGAAUGUUUCACUGCUACCUGCCCCCAGUGACUUUGCAGCACAGAACCUGUUUAAUGUAACUAUGCACAGUUGUUUGGACUUCAUAGUACGUCAGGUCCAAGUAAGGGGACCUGAAGAAUCAAUUGUGUGAGCUUGUUUUUCAAAAUGAAUUAAAACACACUACUGUCUAA